AUCUGCAUCUUUGUAUAUGAGCAGAUAAUGGACAAAACACUGUGCAGUACACUGCUUCUUCUGAACACCUUUGUCCUGCUCCUGAACUCAAGCCAUGAAGCCAGAAAACACCCAGAUAUUGCAAAGAAAACCAGUAUCAGAAGCACACUGGAUGAAAAGAGGAAGCAGGAUAUGCUGGAUGUCUUCAAAACUGUUUACAAUAUUCACAACAAUGACACAUACCUCAGCAACAUAAUGAACUACAAAUUGUGGCUGUGGGCUGGGUCAAUUUAUGGUGAAGUACAGCUGGGUCAAACAACAUGUACCAAGAUUGAAUCUGACUUGGACAAAUGUCCUUUCAAAACUGACCUCCGUCGGCGAGAAGACAAGCAAGGAAGAGUUACUUAUGUUAAUUCAAACCCAGAAGAAAACACAUGCAACAAGUUCCUAUCUAAAGUGGCUAACUGUCCCUUCAAUGAACAAGGAGACCAGCAGAAGGAGUAUGCAGAAACUUAUGAGCUCCAGGUGGUAGUACAUGAUUUCAUAUGCACAGUAGACCAUUCAAGCAAUGAUGACAGGCCAAUGAAGCAUUAA